AUGGAUCCACGUGAAGCAGCACAGUAUGGGAAUGUUGAAAGACUGCAACAAUUGCUAGAUAGUGGUGCUAUCACCCCGGACUGGACCGAUUCGGAUGACUGUUCUCUUCUUCAUUGGGCUGCCAUCAACAAUCGAUUGCAUGUGGCUGAGUUGCUUCUGCGACGGCGAGCCAAUGUGAACGCUGUCGGGGGUGUGCUAGCUUCAACGCCACUUCACUGGGCCGCACGGCAGGGCCACGUAUUGAUGGUUGCCUUUCUAGUGACAAACGGUGCUCAAGUGGAGAAACGCGAUGUCGAAGGGUUCACUCCAUUACAUGUCGCGGCUCAGUUCGGCGCCACACCCGUCGUCGGCUACCUCAUCGCUCGGGGCCAGUCUGUCGACGCGCCCGAUGAGUCACGGAUAACGCCGGCGAUGUGGGCAGCAGCGAAAUGUCCCCAACCUGAUCCUCUACAACUGCUGAUAACUCUUGGUGCUGAUGUGAAUAAAGCUGAUGCUGCCUACCACAACACUCCGCUUCACUGGGCUGCUACCAACGGCAACAUUACAGCUGUAAAUACUCUUCUGAAAGCCGAUUGCGACUUGGCGGCAACGAAUCGUGACAACGAAACGGCGCUGGACAUCGCUGUACGUCGUGGCGAUAGUGUUCUUAUUUCGAGGAUUGAGUUAGCGGCUCGACAAAAGGGUCUCAUGAACUCCACAUGGCGGCAGAAACUCACCGAGAAUAAGAACACGUCAAGGCGAAUACUGUGGUGUGUGCCGUUCUUCCUCUACUUCUGCAUAUGGCUGAUUCUUCAUCUGAGUACCUCACUUUCGAUUAAGCUCGCUUAUCUCCUACUGACUGUCAUGAUCUGCAAGUAUUUUCCACUAAAAUUUUCAAAUUCUGAUCUUCUGGACUCGAUACCGCCAUCAAUAGCGACUUCAACGAAAGUACAUGCAAAUUGCGUUUUCACUUUUUCAUUUUUCAUUUUACCGUUCACGUUCUUCACGGUGACUUAUUGUGAUCCGGGUUACAUCAAUACAACUUAUCAAGAGAGAUGCAAAACUAUUAUCAAUAUUAGUGAGGGGAAGUGCCCGUCAACCACAUUUUGUCCAACGUGUUUAUUAAUGAAGCCAAGCAGGUCCAAACACUGCCGGUAUUGUGAUCGAUGCGUGUCGAGAUUUGAUCAUCAUUGUCCCUGGAUCAACAAUUGUGUAGCUGCUAAUAAUCAUCGUAGUUUUAUUUGCUAUUUGGUGGUAAUCGCUAUUUCAACAGCACUUUUUUGUUCAGCAGUUUUUCUAUACUGGAGGGAUAUAUGUCAAGUGCAUAAUAUGAACGACAUAAUAGCAUGUGAUCACUGGUUGCUGUUCGCUUUCCUGGUUAGUGGAGGAGUCUGCGGCUGGUCAUCAGCGAUGACUGGAAUACAAUUCUAUCAAAUCGUAAUGGAAGUGACAACCAAUGAACGUUUGAAUAUUCAUCGAUAUUCACACUUUCAAAUCGGUUCUAAUCAGCUUGACAUCCGAAGUCCAUAUGACAAAGGAGUGUGCCGGAAUCUUCACGAUUUCUUCUGCGGUGAUCGACAGAACGAGGGUGGUUGA